AGCUGGUUGAGGAGGGUGUGUGCAGCCCUCGCUCGACAGUCGAUAAGACGACCGUGCCGAUGCAAGAGACGAGUCAGUGAGUCAAGCAGUGCUCGCGCGCAGGAUGCCGCUUGAACGGCAUCCCCACGUCGACAUGCAUCAGAAUGUGCUGAGCGCAGAUGAAUGUGAGCAGGGUCAGUCGCCAAUGAUGCACGAAUAGCACCGACAGCCUGCGCACCCCACACGUAUCUCACCCUACCCUGCCUUUUGACAACAGUCGUACUGGUGACGAAAGUAUCCUUGGGGACGAAAAUAGGGGCCGUUGGCGGGUUCAGAUAACUCCAGGUGUGCAGCAUGCCUUGCUUGUGGGCAGGCUGGUAGGGUGGGAGGCUGGUAGCUGUCUGCAUGGACGCCAGCGACGGGUUGCUCGUGGAGCGAGAGAAGAUUUGGCCCUCACGGUCGAGCUCCUCCUGCUGCUCCUCCGUGAUUGGCGUCAGCACGGGGUGCGACGCGUUGGCACUGUGCGCUGCAUGGGGUGGGCAAGAGGGGAGCGGCUGGUCAGGGGGUGAGUAGGGGGUGGGAUAUGGGCAUGUGGGCGGGUGAGAGAGUGGGGGCUGCUGAUGCGGUCCAGAGGGAGUGGACGACGCCGCCGGCAUGGACGCGACAGACGCACCGGGAGGGAGGAAGGGGACAUACGGCAUGGGCGGCGCCAUCGGCGCCAUAUAUGGCGCCGAUGGUGCCAUCGAUGUGCCUGGCGCCGAGGACCCUGACGGCCUCAAUGGCGCGACGGCCAUGGGUGGGCCGGCCGGCAGGGGCGGCAUCGGUACACUCGCCGGCAUGGACGCACUUGGCGGGCCCAUUUGGGUCGGCAGGCCCGCUGUACCCGAUAGCGGCUGCGGGUACGUCUGCGGAUGCGGCAGAAGGGGUGCCGCCUGCUGGAUUGGCCCACGGCGACGUUGGCAUUGGUUGGGCGUCGGUCGAGGAGGGCGAGAGGAUGGGGCGGAUGGGGGAAAGGCAUCAACAGCCUCGUUGAGUGUGUGCACUCUCUCUGUAUAGUCACGCGCAGACACUCGGGGAAGGGCGACCGCGGCAAGGGUGUGCACGUCGUAGGUGGAAGCGGCUCUCGAGAUCGCCUCAGCCGAAGGGAUGGCUAGCGCGGGGCCGACAUAGUUGUCAUCCGCCUUUUGGGUACGCUCUGCCAGGCGCAAUCCGUACUUGAGGUGGUCGCCAGCCGUUCUCUCAGUCAGCAGCAGGUAGGUCGGUCCAUUGAAGAGCUGCAGGCCAUGACCGCUCUCCAUACGUGCAUGCAGGGCUGAGGCCAAGUCGCCAUCGUGGAAGUGGAUGAUGACAUCGCGCGAGCGGGAGCCCACUGCAAAGCACGCGAAGCUGCGUGUGUCGAAUGGGGGGAGGGAGGGGGUGGCGUUGGCCAGGAGGCUGCAGAUGUACGCCUUGAGGUGGGCGGGGGGAGGGGAGGGUCAUUGGGGCGUAGCACGUUCUUGAUGCGAAGCCGCCCUUGAACAGCCUCUUGCUCGAUGGCGUCCAGGCGGCUGUCGUGGUGGAUGGCGACCGUGGUCAUGUUAGCAACUGCUCGGCAGACGCCGCCCAGCAGCUGCUCGUGCUUGUGCCCGAGAUGGUUGACGGUGUCAUCGAGGCUGCGCAUGGAGUCAGCCGUUGUCUCCUGGACAUCGGCCACGGCGUCGGGGACGAUGUCGGCGGUCGCUCGAAUGGCCAAGUCGUAGCUGCACGCUGCAGCCGCCACGCCGACCUUGAUGAAGUCGUUGAAGUGUGGAGAAGUGCUCGAAACUCCAAGGUGCAUCACCAGCUGCUUGAUGGCGGUCUCCAUUCCCGCCAUCUUCUGCCCGUCAGCCGGAAGGUCUGCAGCUAUCUGCUUGCCGAGGAUGCGCUGUUAGAGUGCUGCUCGACGAGCUGGUGGAUCAUCGUGGGAAACAGCCAUGGGGGAUGGUGCAGCGGGUGAGGGAGCGUCCAUUGCGAAGGGGAAGUGAGAGGGGGUGGGCUCGAAGCUGCGCUAUGACGUCACGGCAGAUUGGCCGAGUGAGGGGCCUCAGGGGAUGAUGGUGCGGGUUCAGGACCCACACCGGGUGAUUUUGCCGAAGGCGGCAGUGGGAAGAGCCCGAGCGGAGCGAGGGCGGCCCGAGUGGCAGUGGGAAGAGCCCGAGCGGAGCGAGGGCGGCCCGAGUAAAUGGCGCACACCUGAUGUAGAGAGCGACAAUGGCGCACACCUGAUGUAGAGAGCGACAAUGGCGCACACCUGAUGUAGAGUGCGGUGUAGGAAUCUCUACGAAGAUAUGCGUGAGCCCGUGCCUCCGUUGGCUCCUGACUUGGUUUGC